AUGAUCGGCCACGAUGGACAGGUGUCUCCCCCAGCCCCGCUGCGUGCCAGAGGCGGACCGAUCAGUGGCUCUUCUGCUGCGCCUGGCCGUGCCGCCGGCAGCGAUGGGGGAAGGAGCAUGAAAUGGGGCAAAGAACCAGCCCUCGCAGGCGGUUCCUCUGCCGCCACCAUAGGGUCUCCUCCGCCCCCAAGCAAGAGCCAGAAAGGCAGGGAAGCAGAAGGGCAGGGCGGCAAAAAUAAGAGUAAGAAGGCAGUGUUGGACGCUUCGGGCGUGCGCCGCCUGUGCAGCCUGUGCGGGAGAUCGUUCAAAAGUCCGAAGGCCGUCUAUGGGCACAUGCGCGUGCAUAAGACCCCGCAGAAGCAGCAGGCGGAAGAACUCGCGACGAUCUUGCUGGACUUAGGGCAGAGAAAGUUGGACACGAUGGAGGGGAGGGAGACAAAGGGUGACGGCAGUGCCCUCGCUGGGGGCGGUGCUUCUUCAUUGGCGGCGGAGGCUCAGAGGAAGAAGAUCCACAUGGCGUUGGAUCUGAACGAGGAAGCUCCAGAGGACGAUGACAAUGAUAACAAAGAUUAUCUCGGUGACAACGAGGUUGCGUAA